UCUCCGCCCCACGGCCCCAGUCAUGUUGGGCUGCAGCUCGGAGCCCGGAUGCGCCGCCAUGCCGCCUCUACCACGGAGCGAGUAAUGUCUCCGGCAGCCCGCCCGCCGCUGGAGGACUAGGACCUGACUGAGGGAGUCUUCACCCGCGGUGCACCGGGACAGAGGAGCCGUCUCAGCGGCCACAGCGCUUUGUUGUCUUCCGUGUUUGUGCGUCGACCUGCCGCCGUGUAGGAACACUUGUGUGUGUGUGUAUGUGUGUGUGUGAGUGUGCGAGCUAGCUCAGGCUAACGCUAGCUCCCUCCGAGUGCGGGGUAGUGACAGUCCGGCCGGAGGCGGGGAGGAGAACUGCGAGAUCGAGACAAAAAACGUCAAUGUUUGCAUCAGCUCUGCAAAGCUAACAAGAUGUCUGCCGAUGAGGAUACUGUCAAAACGGGCGGCCCACAGGCCAGCUCCGCUUCAUGUAUGCAGCUCUCAGAUUGCACUGGAGGUUACAGUAACAUAUCCGUUAUGGUGGAGGGAACCACGGCCACCCCGGACUUUGCAGCCGUGUGUCCCGUCCCGGGCACCGCGGCCUCGCCGAAACACACCAGCACGACCGACGUGCUCAGUCACUCAGACAAUACUGGACAGAGAACCAGAGGGAACGAGGUCAACAUCAGUCACAGGAACAGCUUUCAUCAUUCCAAACAACAACAACAACAACAACAGCAGCAGCAGCAGCAAACAAAAUUAACGAAGCGGCGCAACACAGCUAGCUUUGGUUUCAAGCAUCCGACAUCUGGCAAGAGGAGACGAAGGGCCAACUCUGAGAGUGACUCCGUCCUGCCCACCAACUUCCUUCUGGGGGGCAACAUCUUCGACCCACUGAAUCUCAACAGCCUGCUGGAUGAGGACGUGAACAGGGCCCUGAAUGCGGAGACGCCCAAAUCCUCCCCGUUGCCGGCGAAGAGUCGAGACCCCGUGGAGAUCCUCAUCCCCAGGGACAUCACAGAUCCGUUAAACCUGAACAGCGGGUUAGCAGACAGCAGCGUUAUGGUGUCCCCCUAUAAGAGCGGUGGCAGGAAGAGGCACCGCAACCGACACCAUGGAGGAGCAGGAGGAGGUGGAAUUUCACACCCGCAGGUCAACCUCUCCGAAUCGGGAAGACUUGAGGGAAAGACUGGCUGCUCGGCACUGCUUCCCGGUCCGUUGCCCUCGUCUUCUGCGCUAGAUGUCUCCAAAGAGUCCGACUCCAAUGUCUCCAAUGUCACAGGAGAAUCCCAUGAGCACUCAGCUGACACAACAGCCAGCUGCAAGGAGGAGACAACAACUGUACCAAUGGAGGAUUCCGCUUCGUCUUUACUGACAGGUCCAAACCAGCACGCAGGCAGACGCAAGCGGCGGCGCAACUCUGGCAAAAUGGAGCUUCCGGUAACCCACUCUACCCCCGUUGCAAGGUCGGGAUCUGGAGACAAGAGUAGCAGUACGGGGGGGCAGAGAUACUCUCAGUCUUUCCACACACCGAGAAGUGGUUCUAAAACAGGUCCGGGAGGCCGCCAGCACCAGCAGCCACGCAACCAUGCAAAGGAGCAACAGAAGAAGUUCCAGUUCGGGAACUACAACAAGUAUUACGGCUACCGCAACCCGGGCGCCAGUGAAGACCCACGGGCGCGUUGGCUUCGUCCAGAAUGGUUCGAAGGGAAAGACGUCCUGGAUUUAGGGUGCAACUCAGGCCACAUAACACUGUAUAUUGCCAAAAUGCUAAGACCCGCCCGCAUAUUGGGUCUGGAUAUUGACAGUGGCCUGGUGCACGCAGCCCGAAAGAACAUCAGACAUUAUCUUUCUGAGAUGCAGACCCAAGAGGCCAGGCGGGCAACGCAGGAGAAAAAGAGCACCAAGCAGGAGGAGAGGAAUGGAGACGACAGUCGCACAGAAAAGAAGCACAACGAGGACGAGAGCAGGGACGAAAAUGGGAAACCAGCGAAAGGAGAGAGUGGCCCCGCAGAGGCUGUAAAUGACAAUGACCCCCGACGCACAGAUGAGGCCGGGACCCAGAGGCCGGGCAGCAGAACAGAGGAAAUGGAGCAGGAAGAUCGGGAUUCGGGCCCUGCUGAUCCCUCGGUGAGCUGCUCUUUUCCCAUGUCCCUGCGGAUCUCAAGGGGGCCCAUCGCUGCACCGCCCCUGACAGAAACAUCCACCACACGGCCUGGGGAGUUCCCCUCAAAUGUGUCCUUCAUGAAGGCCAAUUAUGUACUGGAGAGUGAUAAUCUGCUUCUGACUCAGCGGCCGGAGUAUGACGUAAUCCUCUGCCUGAGCGUUACCAAGUGGGUUCACUUGAACUGGGGAGACACUGGCCUCAAGCGGCUCUUCAAGCGAGUCUACAGACACCUCCGUCCUGGAGGCUUGUUCAUCCUCGAGCCGCAGCCGUGGGAGUCGUAUGUGAGGAGAAGGAAGCUGACUGAUAAUAUUUCCGGGCAUUAUCAGAGCAUCCGCCUCCGACCUGACCAGUUUUCAUCAUACCUUAUAUCUGAGGUGGGCUUCACCAGUUUUGAGCACCUUGGGAUCCCCCAAUGUUCAAUAAAAGGUUUUCAAAGGCCAAUCUACUUAUUUCACAAAUGACCGCUCCUGCCUUGAAGAUCAUUGAAUGUGAGUAGCCUAAAAACAAGCCAGCCGGCUGCUCUGGACUGCAAGGAAUCUUCGAGAAUCCUCAAGGGUUACUCCGGCUUUUUCAGACGCUGAAGAGGAAAUGGGACCAGAAGUCAAAUUUAAUUUUGUAAAGAUGAGAUCCGUUGAGAAGAGGCACCUAUCAGAAUUUUCUGUGACUUCAAAUUCUUUCGGUAUGAGAUGAACUCUGAUGGGAGUCGACAACGUUGUCCAACCUGUAGCCAGACAUCAGAGUUUGGCCAAACUGUGGAAAUUCAUCUGAACAGCUUCCACGUGCUAAUGACGCCCCAGUUUGACACACAGCCAUAACACAUGUUUGAAUACCUUUGGCCAUAUAUCUCUGCUUUCAUGACUUAGUUCUGUGCCACCACAUUACCACACUGUAACAUGUUAGGGUUGGGGGAUGAGGCAGAGUUGUCCAAUGGGACACCAUCACCAUUUCAACUGGAAAUAACUGGUGAAUUCACCAGAUUAUCUCACUGUAAACCUGCAGUGUAACACUGGAUUUCCAAGCUAUUAAACAUUUACAUGAUGUCUCUGUAAAGACCGCCCUCGAGUGCAGAUAGAGGACACUGCAGGCUGAUGGGAAACAGAGCCCCAUAUUGCCAGCUGCCACUGAUGGCACAGGAAAUGUUCUCUUGGGCGUUAAGUAUUUGGAUUAGGUUCGAAGCUUUGCAUCAGCAGGCACAUUAAUGCAAAUUUGGGUGUUUUUAAAAGAGCCAGAGUCAAUCAGUGGAUCACUAAUAGCGCAUGUACAGUAUUUGUCCCAUCUCCUAACCCUAAUAUGUAGUUUGUUUUAUCAUUAUUUUGCAAAUUGGACCUUAGAGCUGAAUAAACCCUAAUCGGAUACACAGCUGUAAAAAUGUAAAACUCCUCAUUUUGGAAUAGACAAACCCGAAAGCUCUUAAAUUGCUGAAGACCUGUGGAAAGAGGUUUGUCUAAGUGAUGAAGAUAAUGAGGCACUCAAAACGGCCAAAACGGGGAACAGCCUGUGAAAUCCCGAAAGUUGUUGUGAAUGCUGUUGUUUACUUCCCUUUAUCAGCAACACAUUUACCACUAAGUGAUAUUUUCUUAUUGUGCGGCUUAAGUGAAAAGGAGCUGUAUAAUGGUAGAGUAAUGACGGGCAAACUGGUUGUUCCAUCCAGUCCCGGCGAAGCUCCCUUUCCUCACUGUGUUGCCAAAUUGGUGCGUUCACGCAAGUGUCUCGCUUCCAUCACUGCCGAUUGGAGCCGAUAAAAAAACAGUGUCUUCUGCAGAGUCCUUUGACCCCGCCAGUGAAUGUCGAUUGCAUCCAUUCCCAUUGCAGACAAAAGCCAGAUGUUAGCUGGUGUUAGUGGGGGGUUUUCAUCAGUGGAUAAGAGGCUAUAUAGUUCAACAGUGCUUACUGUAAUUGGAAAGUAGAAUACUUAGUCUGGCUUCUGAAAUCAGACUGCUGUAAUUCUAAAUCCUAAAUUGAAAAAUCAGAUGUCGGUGUUUUCAAGAAAAAUAGUUUGGGCUGUUUUGAGUGUUUAGGAAGCAGCAGAGCACCACAUGGGUUCUCUGGGCCUUUUAGAUGCUCCAUCCUAAUGGUAGGGGGCACAUCUGAGCUGCUGUGACACGGUGGUGGGCUCCGCUCAAGGUCAUUCAGCAGAGACAUCACAAGGACUAUUUUGCAAAGUAGAAGUUUGGCAUGCAGUAAUCUGUUUUCAUUAUUAUUUUUUUAAUGACAGUGAAGCCAUAGCCCGACCUUACAUGUUGUUUACAGUGUCCUCCACUGAGUUCUGACAAGAGAAUCAAAUAAGAGUGAAAUUGAAGGCAGAGGCCUGUAAAGAGAGUUACUACACUGCGCGUCUUCAGUGCCGUGGAAUCGUGACAUAUGCUUAGUUUUGCACAGUCUGAUCAUCACUGCUGGACAAGCUUUAAUUCAAACAGCAUCAGAAUCACUUGAAGUACUCGGGUACUUUUUUUUUAAAAGGCUAAAAGUAGAUUCAUUGCUGGAAUCUAUCCACAUGAAAUAAUGCUGUUUGUAUUAAAGUGCAAACAUAUUUUAUGUGUCUUUUCCUCUUGUUUCCUCAAUGUAUGAUCACCGUGUUAGUCUUUGGCCCAAUAAGAACAGGUAUGAGUUACAGGUAGUCAGGUUUGUUCUGUGACCAUACCUCCGUUGGAGUGCACCGAUCACUCAUCUACAACCUUUCGUUAAAAUUGGCUAGGGCAAAAAAUCUUCCUUUUUUGUGACUGGUUCAGUCACAGUAUUUAGCACACUGGGGUAGGAGUUGAUGAUGAUGGAUAAUUUCUAUUUUAGUAUGUGAUCAAUGUAAAUUAGUUUGGAAGUUUUGUUUUUACUGUUGUCAAUAUUUAGUUCAGACAUGCUUUUGUCAUUUUUUUCAAGUGGAUUUUUUUUUUGGAUGUGUUUUCAAAUGUUUGCUGCCAAUUUGCAAAUUAAAUCCCAGGUCAGAGUUUCCGUCUCCUUUAACGGAUCAGUAAUCCAGUUCUGUCACAACAAUUGAACAUGUACAUUAGAAAGUUCUGGUAUGAUUUGAUUAGUUCUGUCCUGGCAGGCACAUGGAUUGUGAGAGUAGCUCUUUGUUUUUUUUAUAAGCUCUUUGAAAGGAGUGUUUGUGUUAAUGCACUUUCAUUUCACUUCAUUUGACAUGUUCUAGACAUUUUUUUAAAGUCUUCAAGAUUCCGAUUUUGCAUAUUUUUUUCCGUCAGACUUUUUUAUAACAAAUUGUGGAACACUGAUUAACCUAUAAAACAAAGCUUCAGGUUAUGUUUUGAAUCCAAAGUGAAUUGGACGCAGCCUCAGUUGGCCCAACAGACACGGCACCAAAUCACACUUCUCUCCUAAGCUCAGACAAUCGGAUUCUCAGGCUUAGAUCAGCCCACUGCUGUAGUUUUAAGGGCGUUUUGCAUUCUGUAUUAUUAACAAUCUUUCCUUUUCGCAGGUCACAUAAUAAGCAUUUUAUUUGAAAGAUGAUUUGUUUAAAGUUCAUUUGGUUUUGCCAUUGAUGUUAAAGAUUGCACCUUACUGUCUCAGCAGUGGUCUCCCACAGAUUUCAACCCUAGGCCUGACUUGUCAGUCCAGGUGUCCAAGUGAAAGGAUGUCUUUGACGAAGAUGUGAAAUGGCAUGUUGUCAUACAGUGUUGUUUAAAAUCUUUGUACUUCCCUUGAAGUUUUGCACAAAGUUGUGCCACGUCCUAGAUUAUAUUAACUUUCACAAAAACCUGGCACUAAGUAACCUGACACCCUACCAACAGGAUUUGAUGCCAGUGAGGAAUAUAAAUACGACUAUUUCAAAACCUGUCAUGGUCAGGUCUCCCAUUUCAGGUUGAAGUUUCCGUCACAAUUUUGUGCAAUAUUUGCUCAUGAAAUCUGUUUUCAUCGACAAAAAUAUAUGCCACCAUAAUCGUUAGAUAGAUUCGAAUUUGAGAAAUCUUUUAUAGUUUUGAAUGUGAAAGAUUUUGAGUCCAAGUUUUCAUGUUGCAAGGAAAAUAAUAGGUUAAUAUGACAUGGUAAAUUUCAAUCAAAGUUAACCCUAUUUAGCUUUUUUAUUCUGUUUCAUAUUUGCAACUUGAAGACUGGGACCCAUUACAAUACUAAGUUAAAUGAAUUUCAGCAUUUUGUUAUUUGGCAUUUGACUGAGAGAAAGAGAUGUGCUGGUUUUUAUUUAACGAUGUGUGGUAAUCCUUAUUUUUAGAGAUCUGUGGAUGCCAAAGAAAUUCAAUAAUCAUGUUCCAUACUGAUUACAAAUUCCAAAAACCUGUAGCUACAACCUGAUAAGAUUUCUGCAGCAUUGCAAUGAAAUGUCGAUCAAAUAUUUGUCCGGAAACUCUGUCGUACUUAACAGUUUGCCCACCUGCUUCUCAUUUUCCAGACAUUUCAUAACAUCAAAGUCCAUAAAACUGUUCUAAAAACUAACAGAGAAAAUUGUUAUCUCUUUGUAGCACAACAGAUGCAUAAAUUCAAGGCGUGCAUGACUUUUAACCGCACUAAAAAGUCACCUCUUCAUGUUGAAUUUGCACUGAUAUGACUCGAGGGUGUUAAACUAGCUGAGUAAACCUUUUGCGGUUCAAGUUGAUGUUUUACAUGUGUACCUUUUACUAGGAUCGGAUUAAAAGAAACUGUUUGAAUAAAAAUAUCAGUUCUGUCAGGGAAGCUUUUAAUUUUCAUGCCUCUGAACAACAACAAGAUAUAUCUGAAUGUUUCUGUGUUCAACAUCAUCAAUGAUUAAAAGUGGUUCCAGA